AUGGCCUACCCUGCGUACGAGACGUAUCCCCCGCCGCUCCAUCGAUCCAUGUCCUAUGGGCAGCAAUACGCGGGAUACGAUCAGCCUGUGGCUGCUCCGGGAGUCUACGGAGAGACAUAUCCGCAAGGGUCGUACCCUGUAUAUGCGCCACAACGUACUAUCAGCCAGUACGCAUACGAUGAUAUGAACGCCGCGAACGCUGCUAAUUCGUACUUCCCGGCGGAAUAUCAGUAUGCAUCCUCAGGAUACGCCACACCGCAUGCGCCCCGUAUCACCAGGCGGCGAUCUUCGAUGUCGCGGCGCACACGUGUCCCUCUGGAUGGCUACCGCCGACUCAGUAGCACACUGCUGAAGUUUAAGCGUAAGGGCGGCUUCCGCUCUGGUAUCACCCUCGGUGAAGCCAUGUCGAACGUCAUGCUAUCUGGCAACGAGUCCUACACGGUAUACGACCUUAAUGCAGACUAUCGGGGCAAAAUUAUCCUCAAGAUACGCUGGUCUGGGUACGCCACCAUGACGUACGAACUGCCUGUAGACGGCUAUGAUGGGCGUGUUGAGCUUCAGACUCUGGCACGAAGAGUGGCCCGAGCAUGCGUGCAUUUCAUACAGGUGGACAUUCUUGCUGAUUUUGUCUCUUCGGUAGCUCUGCAGUUGUACAAUUCGCUUGCUCUCAAGAUACCAUCUGGGCGGUUCACUGUUCUAGCUUCGUUCAUUUUACACCGUGAAGGAGAGAUUCCUAGGCCCAUCUCUCUCGCAACUGGCUCCAAAUGCCUUCAUCUUUCCCGGCUUCCUGAAGAAGGGGACGCAGUGCAUGAUAGUCAUGCUGAGGUGUUAGCAAGAAGGGGUGCAUUGCGCUGGAUCCUUGAAGAGAUCAAUCGUGCACUUUCAGAUGACCGCUAUAAAUCCUCGUGGAUCCAUCGAGCAUCCGACGGAAAGUUCGUGUUCAACGAUGACGUCCGCAUGUACCUCUACGUCUCCACUGUCCCUUGCGGGGAUGCGUCGAUGCGCUUCCUUGCCUCUUUCCAAGAUGUUAAAAUGGCCGCCCUGAAGAACUCGACCCAGUUUCCCGAGUUAUCUCCCAACACCGCUUCCAGAGGUCGCGAUAAUUACUCUCUGUACGGUGUAUUACGGACCAAACCUGGGCGCUCAGACUCGCCGCGUACAUUGUGUAUGUCUUGUAGUGACAAGAUUGCCCGCUGGAAUGUCCUAGGGAUUCAAGGCGCAUUAGGAUCACACUUGAUCCAUCCAUUGUACAUCUCAGCUGUCGUAAUUGGAGACGUGGAUGCGAGUCUGCAAGAUAUCGUCAAAGAAGAUUGUCACAGAGCGUUCUGGCAGCGCAUCAGCAGUGGUCAUAUGUCUGUCUUCACAGCGCUCUGUUGGAUUGCAGAUUCAGCUUUAUCGUACGAAAUACUCAUCAACGGCCUAAGGCGUGGCAUUUCCCCGAAACAUCGCACAAAACCGAACGCGACGUAUCAUGAACUAAAGCAGUCUUCCACCAAGUAUCAAGCAGCGAAAGCUCUUUUACAAGGAGGGAAAGGCCCUUUCGCGGGUUGGGUUGUAAGCGGUAUCGAAUGGGAAAGCUUCGACUCGGGUGAUACACAUCAUGAAGCCCACGAUGUUGUAAUGUUACAAGGCGGCAUUUGA